AUGAGUAAAAACACAUGGAACAUACUUCUUAUAAUCCUUAUUAUAAAUUUUUUACUUAUAACACAUCAAGCAAGAGCCAAUAGCUGCCACGGCAAAAAUGGACAAGAAAAAGGCGGAAAAAAAGGUUCAAAUAAUAACUUCAAUGAAAUAAAAAAUUGUGAUAAUAACUCAAAGGGAAAUGACCAAUGUAUUCCUUCAUUACACGUUGAAUGUGCCCAUUAUUGCUGCAAAAAUAAAUUAUCCUUUAUUUAUAAAUGCUGGGAAAACUACAAUUCGUAUAGAGAUAUAAUUGAACAACAUAUGAAGGGACAAAAGGAAAAGAACUAUCAACUCAAAGGUGAGAGCAAUGAGAAUAUCACAAAUCACAAUAUGGAUAUGUCGAUGCCUAUGUCAUUUCAAUUUUCUACGCACACUAUUAUAUUGUUUAAAUUCUGGGAAACACAAACGGAAACGUCCUACUAUAUCUCCCUUAUCAUAUGCCUCCUAUUCGGCAUAUUGUCAGUCAUAUUAAAGUUACUGAGAUUACAAGUUGAGCAGUCCUUGCCAUGGACAAAAGACACUAAUGUAAUGACAAGUGCACUCCUUUUUAAAAGUAAUUUAGUGAGAUUUAUGUUAUCAUUUAUUAUUUAUUCAUGGGACUAUUUAUUAAUGUUAAUUGUUAUGACUUUCAAUGUUGGAUUAUUUAUUGCCGUUGUGUUGGGAUUAUCUAUCGGUUUUUUUUUAUUUGGACAUAAGUUUGUCACAUGUGGAAAAAAUUCAACUGAUCUCUUGGAAAUUCACAAAGAUUUUCAGGGCGAUCCAGCCUGUUGUGGCUGUUGA